AUGAAUCGUUUCGUGGAUUUCUCGGAUGGUUUUGUGCUUAGCAGUGGAACUGUGCCUAUCGACAUCCCCAAGGGCUUGGUCCUCCUACUGUACUAUCGGCCAAAGGGAGAGUACAUGUUACCGAAAGGGAGGAAGGAUGUCGGAGAGACCUUGGAAGCUGCAGCGAUUCGGGAGACCAUGGAAGAGUCAGGAUACGAGUGUCAUCUAUUCAAACACCAGCUUCCCACCAAAGCGCAGGGACUCAGUGACCCAAAACAUACCGAACCGAUUGCUGUUCAACAGCGAAUGAACCAAGGCGUCCGCAAGAUCAUUUUCUGGUACAUCUCCGAGGUCGAUUCAUGCAGCCAUCAGAUGGCCGACACACAAGAAGAGGGAGAAGAGUUUGAUGUAGAAUGGGUGCCCAUGGAAGACGCACCUUCAAGAUGCUCCUUUGCCGAUGACAGAAAGAUUGUUGAGAAAGCUUUGGAGGCCGUCCCUCGUCCGCAUCUACCGUUAGCUCUACCAGUCCCUGAAUUGCGCGAUGCAUACCUCGAUGGAUCCGUUGAUAGGGACAACCCUACAUAG